AUGAAGGAGGUGGAGGUGGAAGUUAAUGAUUCCUUGAUGCGGUUUUUCGACCACUGCGCCAAGUUUGUGGCCUUGGUGGAAGAGAAUGAGGCAGCAAUGUGCCAGGUGAACGCCUUCAAAGAGGGGCCAGAGAUGAGGAAGGUCUUGGAGAAGGUGGCAAGCGCCUUGUGUCUGCCCGUGGAGGAGUUGAACGCAGAUCUUGCUCAAGUGGCUUUUCUUACCUGCUCGUAUGAGUUGGCUAUAAAAAAUGUGACCUCCCCAUGGUGUUCACUUUUCUCUGAAGAAGAUGCCCAGGUACUGGAAUACCUGAAUGACCUGAAGCAAUACUGGAAGAGAGGCUAUGGCUAUGACAUCAAUAGUCGCUCCAGCUGCAUUUUAUUCCAGGAUAUCUUCCAUCAUUUGGACAAAGCAGUGGAAGAGAGCAAAAGUUCCAAACCUAUUUCUUCACCUUUGAUUGUCCAAAUUGGACAUGCAGAGACCCUUCAGCCACUGCUUGCCCUUAUGGGUUUCUUCAAAGAUGAUGAGCCUCUCAAGGCAAACAAUUACGACAGGCAAAGACACCGCAAGUUCCGCAGCGGCCGGAUUGUGCCUUAUGCAGCCAACCUGGUGUUUGUGCUUUACCACUGUGACCAAGGGAAGGCCUCUGAUGAAGAGUACCAGGUACAGAUGCUGCUGAAUGAGAAAUUGUUGUCAUUCCAUCACUCGAAUGAAACCAUCUCUACUUAUGCCAACCUCAAGAACUAUUACAAGGACAUCCUGGAAAACUGUCACUUCGAAGAAGAGUGUGAAUUACCAAAAGUUAAUACUACUGCUGUUGAUGAACUUUGA